AUGGACUUCCGGCAGGAGGCGUUUCUGCGCGCCGUGACUGCCCGUUUUCAACUUAUUACUGUGACCCUGGUCGCAGCUGUCGGUUUUGCUAUCCUCGGCGCUAUUGUUUAUCGAGCAGUGUUUCAUCCUUUGUCGAAAUACCCGGGACCCUUUCUUGCGAAAUUCACGAACUUGUACUCCGCCUGGCAUGCAUGGAAAGGCGACAUUCAUUUGGAUAUCUAUCGCUGUCACCAAAAAUACGGCAAUCGCGUUCGAUAUGCACCCAAUCGUCUCAUCAUUAACACCGAUGGAGCUUUGCGCGACAUCUACGGGCACCAUUCUAACGUGGUCAAGUUUAGGAAUUACGAGGUCCUGUCCAAGCAAGCAGCAAACUUGCUGACCCUGCGAGACAAGACUCAGCACGGACGGAGGAGACGGGUCAUCAGUCAGGCAUUUUCGGAAAAUAGCCUUCGUAUCUUUGAGCCCAAGAUUCUGUCCCGGGUUGACAGAUUCUGUGAUCUUAUGCGUAGAGGAAAUGAACCUUCCAAGGAUAGGGUUCCGGCUGGCCAUUGGACGGGUCCCAUCGACAUGGCUCAUGCGUUCAACAACCUGGCCUUCGACAUUAUGACUUCCGUCUCUUUCGACUCCGAGUUCGAUACUAUGGGUAGCCCUGAGUACCGAUAUGCAAUGCAGGCCAUAGAGGACUCCAACGUUCGGCUAGGAGUGCUCAUUCAAGCACCAGAGUUAAACUUUGCCAAAAUGGACCGAAAGCUGUUUCCCAAGGCUCUGGUUGGACGAUACAAGUUUGUGAAAUUUAUUCGCAUGGUCCUCGCCAAGCGACUUGGUGCAACGAAGACUGCGUCUAGGGACAUCUUUUCUUUUUUGCAACAAUGUAAAGAUCCAACUACGGGGAAGGAACUAAGCACUGCGGAGCUGAGCACAGAAACUGCCACCUUCAUUGUAGCAGGAGCGGACACGUCGUCGACAAGCAUGUCUGCCGUCUCUCACUAUCUCACGGGUUCGUCCAGUUGCUACCGCCGAGUCGUGGAGGAGGUCCGGUCAACGUUUUUGAGCGUUGACGAGAUUCGAAUGGGACCGAAGUUAAACUCGUGUGCCUUUCUUCGAGCCUGCAUUGACGAGUCCCUCCGCAUGUCCCCACCCGGAGGAAGUGCCCUCUGGCGUGAGGUGGAAGAUGGAGGCGCGCUCAUUGACGGAACUUUCAUCCCCGAACGAACCGAGAUCGCCGUCGGCGUCUACAGCAUCCACCAUAGCCCUGCGUACUAUAAUGACCCCUUUUGUUACGACCCCGAUCGAUGGUAUCGACCUGCAGACUCAAAGGGUGCCCGGAACGAAUCCUCGAGGCUGCCUUACAUGCCCUUUUCGGUCGGCGCUCGCAGCUGCGUUGGCAAGCCGCUCGCAAUUGCUCAGAUCAUGAUUGUAUUUGCACGUCUCAUUUGGGAGUUCGACCUGCGACGAGCAGAUAGCGAUUUCGAUUGGAUGGAAAAAGACUGUACUCCUACUGAAUAUGCCUUGCGGGAUCACUUGACGGCCUGGAAAGAAGGCCCGAUCUUGAGCAUUCGGCCCCGGUUUUCGGAUUAG